AUGGAUAGAGUUAAUAAACAUUUAGCAUCUUUAGAAGAUGCUACUAUGGAAUUGGUGACCGAAGGUUAUUUCACCAAACAACAGUAUCGUAGCAUCAUGGACAAGAGAAAAGACUUUGAAGUAAAGUUGACAGGUAACUCUGUUGUAAAGAAGGCUCUAACUAUGAAGUAUAUCAAAUAUGAAUUACAAUUGGAUGCUGAUUUACAUGUUGCCUAUCAAGCAAAACAAAAAAAGUUUGGUAGAGAAAUUCAUUAUAUUAAAUCUCUAAGAUCACCACUUAAACAUGCACUUGAUCUAUUCCACAAGUUGUGUGAAAAAUCAAAUGAUGAAAGAUUAUGGUUAAGUUAUUUAAAUAUUAGAAUUGCAAGAGCUAGUCAUGCUGGUACUUCAACAAUUCUUUCAAAAGCACUUCAAAAAUUACCAUUGUCACCAGCAUUGUGGCGUACAGCAGCAGCUUUUGAAUUUGAAGUGAAUAGUAGAAUUGCAUCUGCUCGUAAUCUUAUUCAACUUGGUAUUCAAUACAAUCCAUCUGAUAGAUCAUUAUGGCAUUACUUUUUCCAAAUGGAAUUAUCCUAUGUUUCACAAUUAAUUAAUAAUAUUAAUAUUAAUGAAUCUCAAAAAAAAGUAAAGAUUGAAAUAUUAAAAAAGAAACAAGAGAAAAUGGAUAUUGAUGUAAAGAAACAAAAAGAUGAUAGUGAUGACGAUAAAGAGCAACUAGAGGAUGAAGAAGAAGUAGGAGAAAAUGGUGAAACUGUAUCUAAAAAACCAACAUCUGAUUUAUUGGCUGAACAACUUGCCAAAGGUGGAGAAAAUAGAUUUAUUACUUUUGGAAAGGAAAUGUUUGAAGCUGAUACUCUUUUAAAUUCAUCUGUCAUUCAAGGAAAAAUUGCAAUCAUUAUUUAUCAAGCUGCAACUAAAAAAAUCUCAAAUGAUUUUAAAUUUAGACAAGAAUUUCACAAGAUUACAAGAAAAUUUUCAGAGGUUGGAAAGAGAAACAAGGAAACAAUGGAGUUGACAAUGACAUUGGAAAAGAAUGUUACUGAAGCUAUUUUGAAAUCAUUGCAAGAAGAUUUCUCUGCCAAUCAAAUUGAAAUGUGGAUGAUGAUUGCUUCAAUUGAACUUGGUGAAGGAUCAAACACUGAAUCUUCAUCUUCAUCUUCAUCAUUGGAAGAAUCACGUCUUAAAAAGAUGUUACAAGUUUUAAAUAAUGGAUUUAAAAAUAUUGCAACUGAAAAGUAUGUGGCUCAAGUUGAAACUAUAUUGAUGGAAAAUGUAUUUGACAAGUUGAAUGUUGGUAAUGAACAAGAUUGGCCAUUGAUUCAAAUGGCAAAGGAAUAUUUACUAUCACUCUAUGAACAAGCCAACAAACAAGGUGUACUUGGUGAACAAGGUAUCUCCUCAUUGGUUCAAUUAUACAUUAAUACCAAUCAAAUUGAAAAGGCUAUCAAAUUGGCUGAAUCAUCUGUCGUCAAACUACCAACAUCUAUCAUUCUUUGGACUCUUAGAAAUAAUUUAUUAAACAAACAAUCUUUAUUAAAUGGUGGAGAAUCAUUGGAUAUGGUAACUUUGUAUGAAGAAGGUUUCUCUAAAUUAUUCCCAGUUGCCAUUUCAACCAUCUCUACUCAAUCCAUCACGGCCCAACAAUUUAAAUUAUAUGAAAAAUAUGCUAUCCAAUAUUUUGAUUCAAAAUUAAAUCAAACAAAUUUAAAAACAGAUAGUAAAAAAACUUUGGAACUUUUCAAGAAAUUAAUGAGAUCAUUAAAUGGAUUAAAAGAUAUUCAAAAUGCAGUUAAACUUUAUUUUAUUGAUUAUUUAUACAUGAAUAAUGUUGAUAAUAAUCAAUGGCAAGAGGCUUAUUCCCUUGUUCUUCAAUUCCGUCCAAUCUCUAGAGAAUUUUAUCUUCGUACCAUCCUCUAUAUUCAAGAACGUCAAAAUGUCGAUCCAAAUCAAGUCCGUUCAGUCUAUGAAACCUACUUUCAAAAUAAGGACUUUGCUGCAUCCGACACUGAAACUUGGAUCAAUUACUUUAGAUUUGAACUGAGGGUGACAAAGGAUAUUGCAAAGGCUAAUAUCAUUGCUAGUAGAGCUAAAAAAUCACUUUCUAGUCCUUUGGCUUUUAUUAAUUCUACUCAAUAA